CUCCCGCCCUGCCUCGCGCCACCACCACCGCCACUGCCACCGGCGCCGCUCCUCCUCCGUGUCAGUUGUUGGACUGUAAUGGCGACUGGGCCGCCGCUGCCGAAGUGACUCCCGGGCGGGGGAGUGGGGCCAGACCUGCGCUAGACAGAACUGCAGAGAGCCUCAGCUCAGGAGGUGGCUUGCUGCGGGGAAGGGGAGGCGUCUUUCUGCCUCUCCUUUCUUCCCGCAGACAGGCGGAAUCUCGGGAGUCGAUACGAGGCGGGCAACCGGCGCGUCCUCGGCGCGGUGAGGCCAGGCCGGGCAGCCCUGGGGUCAGUCGGGGCGGCGUCACUGCUCCCUCCGCCAGGCCCCGCGGGAUGCACCGUGGGAGCCGAAGGCGGAGGCGACACUCUCAGGUAAAUUGGCAGGAUGAGGAGCAGUAAAUCAAAAGAGGUGCCUUUAUCAAAUCCAAGGAACUCUCAAAGCAAGGAUACUGUUCAAGCAGAUGUAACUACAACAUGGGAUGCACUUUCUCAGACUAAGGCUGCUCUGAGACACAUUGAAAACAAAUUAGAAGUAGCCCCUUCAAGUACAACUGUGUUUGAUUCUGUCAUGGAUGUCAAGAAGUCUUCUGCAAGUGCUACCCGAAAGAUAAGUAGAAAAGAUGGUAGAUACCUGGAUGAUUCUUGGGUUAAUGCUUCAAUCUCCAAAUCUAAAUCACGAAAAGAAAAAUCUCGUAGUCCUCUCAGAGCUACUACCCUGGAAAGUAAUGUGAAGAAAAAUAAUCAUGUGGAAUUUCGUGAUCCUUUGGUUUCUUACAGGGAAAUCCAUGGUGCAUCUUCCAACUUAAGUUCUAGCCAUCUGGAGUCAAAGCAUGUAUAUUAUGUAGAUGUUAAUGAAGAAAAAGCUGAGAGUGGAAACCGGUUGAUAUGUAGUCGAGAACAACAGGAUAUACGUUGCUGCGAUUUUGAGAGCUCUCAGUCAUCUGUAAUCAGUGAUACAGUUGUUAGGUUUUUAAAUGAUCGACCAGCAAUUGAUGCAUUGCACAAUUCUGAAUGUUUGAUUAAGACAGGAGUUCCUAUGAAAAUGGAAGGAGAAAUGCCUAACAGAGCAAAAGGAAAUGAGAACAGUUUAAAGCCUUCUGUGAAUAACGUGGGCCAUUCUGUUGAUCCGAAAGUGUUACAGCUAAGUGAUUCUUCUCCAUCCUCUACUAGUACUUCUAAUUCCCAAAGAUUAGAUAUUUUAAAGCGGCGGCAACAUGAUGUCAAACUGGAAAAACUUAAGGAGCGAAUUAGAAAACAGUGGGAACACUCAGAAGAAAUAAAUGGCCAGAGCCAGAAUCUGGGUCAUAUUGACCAUCCAGUAAUGGUUGUUAAUGUCGAUAGCUCAUUGACAACAAAAGUCAGGAAAGUGGCAACAGCACCACCUGCUCCAACAUACAAAGGUUUCAACCCUUCAGAGACCAAGAUUAGAACACCUGAUGGGAAAGUGUGGCAAGAGGCUGAAUUUCAAACUAUGAGUAGAGAAUUGUACCAAGACUUGGCACUUCAUUUUGCAGAUGAUACCUCUGUAAAAGAGAAACCUGCUGAAAAAACUAAAGAGAAAAAAGUGGUAAAGCCAGUACGAAAAAUCCAAAAGGUAGCACAGUUAUCAAGUCCAGAAUGCAAAACAGGCAGUACUCGUCUGAUUAGUACAUCUUCUUGGCGAGAUGGACAAAAACUUGUAAAGAAGAUACUGGGACCUGCUCCUAGAGCAGAACAGAGAGAGCGGAGACCAGCAUCAAGUGACAGAAGCAGGGGAGAGAGAAUUGCUAGGUUUGGGAGUCAUAUUGGAAGAGCAGAAUCAGAUCCCAAGUUGAAUGCUUCACAUAGACAUCUUCCACGAACCUCCGAACGUUCAAGAAGUAGAGCUCGGUCUGAAAAUAACAGCAAGAAAUUAACUCCAACUUUUUCAAACAAUAAGCAGGAGGAAAAUACUGUCUUAAAUAAGGACUUUCUACCUGUUGAAAUUCGUGGCAUUCUGGAUGACCUCCAGCUGGAUUCUACAGCUCCAACCCCAAGGCAAGAGGCUGGGGAGUUAGAGAAUCAGAAGACAUUGGCACCGGUAUCAGCUCCUCGGAGUCAUAGCCCAGUGAAAAGAAAACCUGACAAAAUAACAACUAAUGAAGAUCCCCCUAUUAUUUCCAAAAAGCGCCACUAUGAUACUGAUGAGGUAAGACAGUAUAUUGUUAGACAGCAGGAGGAGAGGAAGAGGAAGCAAAAUGAAGAGAAGAAAGCUCAAAAGGAAGCUACUGAACAGAAGAACAAACGAUUGCAAGAACUUUACCGGAAACAGAAAGAAGCCUUUACUAAGGCAAAAAAUGUACCUCCUUCAGAUCCAUCAGCAGCUAGACGGUUACAGGAAACUUACUCCAAAUUGCUACUAGAAAAGACCUUGCUUGAAGAGCCAGCUCAUCAAAAUGUUACACAAGAAAUACAGGCCAGACCAGGGUAUCAGCCAUCUGGAGAAUCUGACAAGGAAAACAAAGUACAGGAACGUCCCCCAAGUGCAUCUUCCAGUAGUGACAUGUCUUUAUCUGAACCUACACAACCUCUUGCAAGAAGAGACUUCAUGGAACCUACAUGGAUGCAGCCUGACAGACUGAGCCCAAAAACAUACAGUUCUCAACCACAACCUCUUGUUGGAGCAGCUGGAAAUUUGCUUUCCCAUCUUUUGAAUCUAGAACAUGUAGGAAUUUUGCAUAAGGAUUUUGAAUCUAUCUUACCACCCAGGAAGAAUCAUAAUAUGGCUUCAGGACCAUCAGUUUUUACAUCUCAACCAUAUCUGACCUCACCAGCUGCUCAUCCAGAUGCCUUGUUAAAACCUAAUGUCAGCCAGUAUAAGAGUAAAUUGGAUCGUAUUGAAGCCUUGAAAGCAACAGCUGCUUCUUUGUCCAACAGGAUCGAAUGUGAAGCCAAGAAAUUAGCUGGAGCCAAUAUCAACUAUGGGUCAGUGUGGAACACUGAGUAUAAUGUGCAGCAAGCACCUCAAGAAGAUAGACUUUGGACCAAGGCUGUAAGUCCACCUGUGAAAGAGGAGACUGAAGACGUUUUCUCGGCACGAAUUCAAAAGAUGCUGGGAACUUGUGUAUCUCAUGCAACUUUUGAUGAUGAUUUGCCUGGUGUAGGCAACCUCAGUGAAUUUAAAAAGCUUCCUGAGAUGAUAAGACCUCAGAGUGCAAUAUCAAGCUUUAGAAUGAGAUCACCUGGUCCCAAACCAGGAGGGCUGCUGGCACAGUUAUCUAAAAGGGAGACUGACUGUUCUAACUCUGAUGUGCAAGCCUGUUCUCAAGAAAAAGCGAAAGUAUCUCUUUGUUCCAGCACAGACUCAGUCAGUGAGGGGCCUCUUCUUAGUGAGGGGAGUCUUUCUGAAGAAGAGGGAGGCCAGGAAGGACAACCCCUUUUGAAAGUAUCAGAAAUCUUAAAAGAAAAAGAAUUUUGUGCUGGAGAAAGAAAUACUUGUGAACCCAUCAAAGAGUUUCAAAAGGAAGCUGAGAAAUUCAUGCCACUUUUGGGGCAUAUAGGUGGUACACAAAACAAAGGACCAUGGGAAGAAUUGGCAAAGGGAAGUCCACAUAGUGUCAUCAAUAUUUUUACUAAAUCAUAUCAGUUGUAUGGAAAAGGGAUUGAAGACAGAGUAGACAGAGGAAUAUCAGCAUCACAGCCUUUGAGUGCUAUUACCACCCCUCUAAGUAGUAUUUCAUAUGAAGAUGAUUUUGUCUCCUCUCCAGGCAGUGGAACUCUGACAGAAAAAACAUCAACCCCUGAAGCUAAUAUUGGUGGCAACAAUUUAGGCAUUCAGGAGGACCAUUCCAGCAGAAAGUCUGCCUGUGAUCUUUCUUCCAUGGAUGUUGCCUCUCAGCAUUCAUUAGGAGCCCAGUCUGUUGCAUCAUCUAAUUCAUCUACUUCUUCAAAAAGAAAGAAAGGAAAAAAAGAAAAGAUAGAAUGGUUGGAUUCAUUCACUGGAAAUGUUCAAAGCUCACUUGUUGAUGAGGAAAAAGUACAGUCCAGCUCAGAACGUGGUUCCCAUCAAGGAAAGAAAUCUGGGACCAGUAGCAAACUCACUGUUAAAGAUUAUGAGCAGACUUUCGACACUGAUGGCACUUUGGAAGAACUUUCUGGGCAUUCUGUGAGUGUCUCAUCAGACAAGGGAAGAUCUCAGAAAAGUCCAACUUCUCCUCUGUCUCCAAGUUCCCAGAAAUUGACACAAUUUGACCUUCCAGGAACUUCAUUAGAAAGAUCUAAAUCCACUGUAAUAACACCUCCAACUACAACAGGAUUUAAACCUAAUGCAGCUUUUACUGAUACACAUCAAGCUGGCAGCAGAACAACAGAGGUGGCUUCCACACCAGGUUCUAAGCGAUUUUCUCCUGCUGGCCUCCAACAUCGUAUGGCAAUUGAACUAAGUUAUCUGAAUGCCAUUGAGGAAUCAGUGCGCCAACUGUCAGACAUAGAAAGAGUUAGAGGGAUUUCACUUGCUCAGCAGGAGAGUGUUUCUCUGGCUCAGAUCAUAAAGGCACAGCAGCAACGCCAUGAAAGGGAUUUAGCUCUUUUAAAAUUGAAGGCUGAACAAGAGGCUUUAGAGUGUCAGAGACAGUUAGAAGAAACCCGGAACAAAGCAGCUCAGGUCCAUGCAGAAUCAUUACAACAGGUAGUUAAAUCACAAAGGGAAGUAACUGAAGUCAUUCAGCAAGCAACUUGUAAAAUAACAGCUCAGCAAACAGAGACUGCUUGCCUUACCACAGAUGCCGCUCACCAGAUCUGUGAGAUGGCAGAGUUGACUCGAACACGUAUCUCAGAUGUUACUACUGCCUCAGGAACUCCCAUAGCAACACUGUAUGACCACCAACGGCAGCAUCUUCCAGAUUUCAUGAAACAACUGAGGACCAGAGCUGAAACAAAUAGGAUAAACCAAUCAGUUUCACACUCUCAGAGUAAAGAAGGGACUCAUGACUCAAAACAUCAGAAGUAUUCACCUUCAUAUAAUAAUUAUUCUGAAUCAUCAAGAUACAAGAAUCAUGAUCGAAGAAGUAGCAGUAAUAAUAGCCGUAAAGAAAGUCCUUCAACUCUGUCUUGUAAGGAAAAUGAAAAGAAACUUCAUGAUGAAAAGAUAAAGUGUUCAAUUGAUGAACAAAUUCAAACUGCUGCAGAUGAUUCUUUACAGAGUGAUAACAUUCCAUCUCUUCCUGAUGAGAAAGAUUCAACUUCUGUUGCAACAGAAUACUCCCUGAAAUUUGAUGAAUCCAUGACAGAAGAUGAAAUAGAAGAAAAAUCAUUUCGAUCUUUACUACCUUCUGAGAGUCAUCGUAGGUUUAACAUGGAAAAGAAAAGAGGCCAUCAUGAUGACUCUGAUGAAGAACCUUCCCCAGACAAGACUACCCUGUCUUCUACCAAGGAACUGAGCCUGCCAUUCUCAGGAGAACAAGACAGCUUUUCUAAAUUUACCAUGGAGAUGGUUCGCCAGUAUAUGAAAGAAGAGGAAAUGAGAGCAGCUCACCAAUCUUCACUUUUACGUCUCCGUGAAAAGGCCCUGAAGGAAAAAACUAAGGCUGAAUUAGCUUGGCUGGAGCAUCAAAAAAAACAUCUACGAGACAAAGGAGAGGAUGAUAAAAUGCCUCCACUCCGGAAGAAACAGCGUGGUUUGCUUUUAAAAUUGCAGCAAGAAAAGGCAGAAAUAAAACGUCUUCAGGAAGCCAAUAAGGCAGCUCGGAAAGAAAGACAACUGAUCCUUAAGCAACAGGAGGAGAUAGAAAGGAUCCGACAGACCACUAUAAAGUUGCAAGAGAAGCUAAAGUCUGCAGGGGAGAAUAAAUUGGAAUCUCAUACUGAUGAUGAUGAUGAUACAAAGAAUAAUAAAGCAACUAGUCCUGGUCCAACUGAUUUGGAAACUCGCAGUCCUUCUCCCAUUUCAAUCUCCAGCAGUGAAACUAGUAGCAUCAUGCAGAAACUGAAGAAAAUGAGAAGCCACAUGGAUGAAAAACACUGCUCUCCUGUUCACUACUUCUUCUCUGUCUUUACGUCUCAUCACUGGGCCUCUCUCAGUGUCUGUUUUCCCAACCUUCAUCCCAAAUUCCAGCUGUAUAUCUACAACCAGUUGGUCAGGUUUCUGACAAAGCGAGAACAAAAAUUAAUGCAACGACGACAACAUGCAGAAGAGCUCCUGGAGUGGAAGCGCCGUUUGGAUGCAGAAGAAGCUGAAAUUCGUCAAAUGGAAAAACAAGCUUUAGCUGCCUGGGACAAAGAAUUAAUAAAAUCCAAAACUCCUAAGAAACAAUCAGAAGACCAGAGAAUAGAACAGAAAGAAAUAGUAAGUGAAGAGGAAUCUCCUUUACCGUCCUACAAUCAUCUGAAUGAUGAAAGCUCGAUUCCAGAAGAAUUAGGCAGCCCUGCUGGUAUAUAUGUAACACCCGAGUCUGUAGGGCAGGAGCAGCAAGGGAGUCCAGAUCAUAGCAUACUUACUGAAGAAAUGGUUUAUUCACAGGAACUAGAAUCUUCCACCUCUCCUAGUAAACAUUCACCUCCCAAAAGCUGUGCAUCUGUGUCAAAACAGGAGUCAAGCAAAGGAAGUCAUAGGACUGGAAGACAGUGUCAUCUCCCUCUGAAGUCCCGUUACCAUUGUUAUAGUUGGUCUGAUGAGUCGUUAUCUAUGACACAAUCAGAAACUACAUCUGACCAGAGUGACAUUGAAGGUAGGAUCAGAGCUCUGAAGGAUGAGUUGCGGAAACGAAAAUCAGUUGUGGACCAGUUGAAGAAGGAGCAGAAAAAAAGACAAAAGGAAAGACUGAAAGCACAAGAAGCAAGUCUGAUUAAACAGUUAGAGUCAUAUGAUGAAUUCAUUAAGAAAACUGAAGCUGAGCUUAGCCGAGAUUUGGAAACAUCACCAACAGCCAAACCCCAGAUUAAAACAUUGUCCACAGCUUCUGAAAAACCCAAGAUCAAGCCUCCUCCACUACACAGAUCUGAAACAGCAAAAAACUGGAAAUCACUAACAGAGCCAGAUCGUUCCAGAGGAUCCUUGGAGUCUAUUGCUGAGCAUGUUGAUGCUUCACUGUCAGGUUCUGAAAGAUCAGAAAGGUCUUUAUCUGCAUAUGCAAAGAAAGUGAUUGAGUUGGACAUUCAGACUGAAGAAUAUUUGCAGACUCCUUCUCCAAUUCUCAGAUCAUCAAGGAAAGCCAGGGCAGAAUCUGGAGAUUCUCUAGAAAGUGUUCUUCCGUUACCUCUUCUCAAGGAAUUAAAUGCCUCUAAUAGAAUUUUUGAUGUUUUGGAAGCCAAGGUUGAAGAGUCCAAUAAAAAAUCAGAAACACAAAAAGUAGAAUAUGCAAAAUUAGAAGAGAGUGAGAUUCACGAUACCUGUACUAAACCAUCUGAUACCUUAGUGAAACAGGAAGACUCAUCUGAAAUUGUUUUAAAGAAAAAUCUUUCUUCAGAUUCUGUAAAUGUUCAGCGAGAUUUAAUUAAAUUGGCUAUUGAAAGUCUUCAUAAAAACGAAGAAAGUUUGAGAGAAAGAGAGUCAGAUCAAGAUGGAGACUAUACUUCAGACAUCCAGCCAGGAAAAGAUAUUCAUGAACAAAAGAACAAAAAGAAAACAGACUCAUCUUUGUCGGAACAUCUUUUUGCUCCUAAAGAAUUGUCAUACUCUGAAGAUUUUGAAGUAUCUUCUUUCAAGAAAGAAAUUUCAGCUGAAUUGUAUAAAAAUGACUCUGAAGUGUCAUCUGUGUUGUCACUCAAGAAAGAGGCUCAUUCUUGCAGAGAUAAGUCACAACAAACAAGGAACUCUAGAAGUAGAGCCUCCAGCUUUGGUAGUGAUGAUGAAAUCAGUGAGUGCCUAAGUGAGAAAAGCCUUUCUGUUCAUAGCAGUGUCCAUUCGGAAAGGCUGUUAGAACUCAAGUCCCCUACAGAGCUGAUGAAAAGUAAGGAGCGUAGUGAUGUAGAGCAUGAACAGGGAGUUACUGAAUCUCUUUGCUUGGCUCCAGUUUCUGUUGCAGAUGAGUUACUUGAUUUCCACAUCGGUGAUAGGGUAUUGAUUGGCAAUGUUCAGCCAGGAACUCUUCGAUUCAAAGGUGAGACUAGUUUUGCUAAAGGAUUUUGGGCUGGAGUGGAGUUAGAUAAACCUGAAGGAAAUAACAAUGGAACAUAUGAUGGCAUUGUAUAUUUUGUGUGCAGAGAUAAGCAUGGUAUUUUUGCUCCUCCUCAAAAAAUAUCUCACAUUCUAGAAAACUUUAAUGACUAUAUAGACAUACAUGAAGAUGAAGACUGUUACUCAGAUGAACAAUAUCAACACCAUAAUGAAGAGCAAAAAGAUAUAGAGGGUUUAAAAGAUAAAGAUGCAGUUGAAUAUUUUCAUGAGAAAUCGCAACCUAAUACACACACUCUAGAAACCUCAGUGGACAGAGAUAGAAGCCUUAAAAUAGAAACAGACAACAUAUGGGACAUUUCUGGAGUACAUAAAGCUCAUGUACACCAGGAAUCUUCAGUAGGUCCACUGAUACCUUUAAAGGAUAAUAAAGACCUUUUUGGUGCCACAGAAAAGGUUUCCACUGCUGCAGAAGAUGAUGCUUUAGGUAAUACCUUUUCUGAAGAAUUACAGAAGCAACAACAACUGUUUACAGAAAAGGAAGGGAAUGUAUAUUCUGAAGUUUUAGAAAAGCUUUCUACCCCACUUCUAGACCUUUUAACAAGAGAAAAAAACCAAUUAGAAGCUCAGCUAAAGUCAUCAUUCAAUGAAGGAAAAAAGUCAGAGCAACAGUUGGAAACAGUCAGCUUACUGGCAGAUAGUUUAUUAAAAGUUGUUGUGAAGGACACAGUCAGCCAACUACAGCAAAUCAAGAGAGCUAAGAAUGAGAAAAUUCAGCUUAGUAACCAGGAGCUCCUUGAUGAUGACCAAAAGAAAGUACCAUCCCAAAAUCUUGAGGAACACUCAGUCGGUGUUCCGGUCUGCUACUUAAGGUCCGAAUUGGAAGAUGAAAAAGAAGAGAUUUCCUCACCAGAUAUGUGUCCCAGACCUGAAAGCCCAGUGUUUGGUGCUACUGGGCAGGAAGAGCUUGCUAAAAGACUUGCUGAACUUGAAAUCAGCCGGGAGUUCCUGAGCACAUUAGGAGAUGAUCAAGACUGGUUUGAUGAAGACUUCGGUCUGAGCUCUUCUCACAAGAUCCAAAAAAGUAAGGCAGAAGAAAUAAUUGUACCUCUAAUGGCAGAACCUAAAAGACCACCUCAGAAGUCAAGUGAAACAUUAUUGGCAGUCCCACAUACUGCAGAAGAAGUAGAAAAUCUUGUACAUAAUGCAGCCGAAGAACUUUGGAAAUGGAAAGAAUUGGGCCAUGACCUUCAUAGUAUCAGUAUUCCUACCAAACUGCUUGGCUGUGCUAGUAAGGGCUUAGAUAUAGAAAAUACUAGUAAAAGAGUCUACAAACAGGUGGUUUUUGAUUUAACAAAAGAGAUUUUUGAGGAAAUAUUUGCUGAGGAUCCCAAUUUGAAUCAACCUGUCUGGAUGAAGCCAUGUAGAGUCAAUUCUAGUUAUUUCCGACGAGUGAAAAAUCCAAAUAACCUGAAUGAAAUCAAGAAUUUCAUAGCAACUGAAGUACUUAAGUUGUUCAGUCUCAAAAAAGAGACAAACCACAAAACAGAUUGGCAGAAAAUGAUGAAAUUUGGAAGAAAGAAAAGAGACCGAGUGGAUCAUAUCCUGGUACAGGAGCUCCACGAAGAGGAAGCACAAUGGGUAAACUAUGAUGAGGACGAGUUGUGUGUGAAGAUGCAGCUGGCUGAUGGGAUCUUUGAAACCUUGAUCAAAGAUACUAUUGAUGUUCUGAAUCAGAUCAGUGAAAAACAGGGGAGAAUGCUACUUGUGUGACAUCUUGCAAAUAAAUUGAACACUGAGUGUUAAUAUGAGUCCUGGGCCUUUCUGCCUCCUGAUGUACACCCCAUCUCCAUCAUAGCAAGAGUGCUUCCGGACCUUGUACCUGUUCUUAUGGACUGCUGAUUUUGGAGUUCAUGGGACAAUGCAGUAUAUCUGAUAUUACAGCCUUGCCUUUAGACUGUCCACUGGAUUACUUGAUUAUUUUCAGUGGACAGGAUUAUUCUCUUGAUGUUGAGACACAAUAUAAUUCUGCAUCUCUUGUAGCACCCCUUCUAGGUCUCAGAUGAGAGCUCAGAACAGCAAACUUAACCUCCAUGUUUAGACUAGGGUAUCACAUCCUUGAGUCUGAAGUCAGGUAAGAGAGGUAUAUAGAUAAAUUUAUUAUGUAAUUUUUGAAAUAUCCUGAUCUAUACCAUGAAAGUCAUAAAUGAACCUUAUAAUCCUUAAACAGUAUUAGACCCUUAAUCUCUUCAAAAAUAUGCAAGUUUAAUGCCUAUUUCACAUUCUGGAGUUGAUUUCUUUUCUUUUUGAAGACCAUUUUCUUCCAUUAUUGCAGUUCAGCAGCACCAAGCAGACUGUCAAAUUAACAGAAAUAAAUGAUAGCCUUGCUUUCUGAGCACCACCUAAAGAACUGUAAACCUUUGCAUUGUGUUUAGUUUUCCUGUCUGAGCAUGAAAACCAAUGCCCCCACUGACGACUGGGCUUAAAGGACUGCUGCAGGGCUGAUUGCUUUACCCUUUGUUUUAUCCCUGCACUUUUCUUCCUCGUCCUAAACCUGUACAAGCUGCUCCCAGAAUCACAGAAACUCAGGACCAUCUCAGGCAUCCAGGCAUGGCAAACGUGGAAAUAAUUCAUUUUGGCCUUCAAACUUUGAACUCCCAUCUCCCAAGAAGUCAGAGACGCUGUUACUUGAAUGAUUUAGGAAACGAGUGUGUGCACCAAAGACAAAAAAAUAUUGUCUAUAGUUCGUGUGCUUGUUUUACUCUAUGGAACAUUUUUUAAUUUAUUUUAAGAUAAAUUAUUAAGUUGGAAAUGUGUGUCCCUAUUCAGAAGUGAAAGAUUCUUAUCAUAGUUAAACCUUGGUCUUGAAGCUUCUAUGGUUCAUGGUCUUUGCACAGGAAACCUAUGGUUUUAACAAAUCCAUACACGUAUUGAAGAAGUCAGUUAAAUUUGAUGAAAAGAAGAUGAGCUUUUCAAGAGCACUUGCAAUAGUAGGAAUGGGAGAAAAUGAUUUAAAGACACUGUAAAAUUUAAUCUUGCCUCUCUUACAGCAUUGCUUCUUACAACUAUUACCUGUAUCUGAAAUAAAGUGUAUAGACUACAGCUGCUACAUGAGAGCACAUGAGAUGCUCUUCUGGGACCUCAGAACCUGCCUUCCUGACUGGUUUCUCUUAAUCAGUCUUAUCCCUCUUCGCAUAAUCCAGAAGAAUAUGGAUAAUCUUAGGCGUGAAUGUAAAUGCCUUAAUUUUGAAGGUUCAGAUUAGAAGCAUGAUAUAGACAUCUACUGGAUUCGUAGUUACAAGUAUCCUGGAAUGUUAUAGUUUCAAAAUAUGUUAGAAAACCCCAAAGAUGGUAAUCUAAGUGUGCACGUUUAUUUCUGCAUCUUUCCUCCAAACUUGCCUUUGCAUCUUAAAUGUUUCACUAUGCACACUUCCAUUCUUCUUCUGUUCAUUCUGUCGUAAGAAACUCAUUGGAAUAUUUGCAUUUUGCACAAUGACUGGUGUGAUAGCUCUUGACAAAUGUGGAAAGCACUGAAAUGUUGUGACUGAGUCUUGGGAAAUGCUAUUUUGAUGUGUUUCCAGCAUUUCUUCUGGGCCUUUGAUGUUGGGCUACAGUCUUGUAGCCAUAAUGAGCAAAUUGACUAAAGGAAGCAAAGGUUUCUCGGGGUUAUUAACCAGUAAUGUGGAAAUAUUAUUUUCAUGUGGCCAAGGAAAAGAAAGACUUGUCUUUUGGUUUAUGUUAUUUAGAAGACAGAAAAACAUCUUGUCUGCAUUCUUUUUGCAGUUCAUAGGAUCACAUUGUCCUUAUAAUACUGAAACUUUGCAGCUGCUGUAAAUUUUUUAAUAAAUGAAUGUCAAAAUACUAUAAUAGAAAUAUAGGUUGUUUUUCUACAUCUCCAUUAUUUGAACCUAAAACCAAUUUUUAGUAAGAAAUUUAUCUUUACUCUUUUUAACAUCAUGAUUCUAGAGAAGGAAAAAAAAUACAGAAAUCCAUAGAAUCAGCAAUCUGGACUGGUAAGGAAUGCUGCCAAUAAUGUAGCAGUAGCCAUUCUAAUCAGCUCCAGCUGUCUUUGCUCUCCCAAGAUUCUGGAUUCCAGAUGAGAGGCAGUAAAAGACCAGUCUUAUUCUUUCAGAAAUGUCAUCCACAGUUUGUAGCAAAAACCAAACACCACCAAAAAUAAAUAAAUAAAUAAAUAAAGACAUCUAUAGAACAGAUUUCUUAUUUUAACUAUGAGGACCUAAUUAAAAUAUAUUUAUUAUUAGUAUUAUAAAUAUGGAUACCCAACCACUUUUCCAUACUGGCAUCUUUUUAAUCAAACUUCCUGUUAACCAAGAACCCCUCUUUCUAAUCUUUACUCCCUCCUAUACCCCACCCUCUUUCAGUCUGUCUUCAUAAUUCUUUAAGAAAAAGAUCUUUGCAUCAGCAGUAAUAUCUUUUAGAACAACACCGUCAGAAUUUAGUAGUAAACCAACAUAUAGGCUUCAGAUUUAAUUCUGAGUCCAAAACAAUUUGUGCUAUCCAGGGCAGUUAACUCUGGGUUAAAUAAGUACAGGGUAUAGAUUCCCUCUUCAGGUCUAAACAGGAAUUUUUACUCUAGGGAAAAGUGGGAAGAGCUCAAAAGUAGUUAAUAAGGAAGGUAAUUUUCUUUUACCUGAAAAGAAAAUUCCUUCUGUGACUACAGGUCAGGUCUCUGAGAAAUUAUCUUUCAAAAGAGAUUUUGUUGCUCAUAAGAGUGUUGUGGCCUAUUGAUAAAAACAAUUUUGUUCACUUUCUUGUCUUGAAAAAAAGUGGCCUUAGCUUUUUGCAAUACUUGAAUAAAGUGUGUACUCACAAAAGAAUUUCUGUAGCACAGCAUUAGAGACUUGUAACUUUUCUGCAAGAAAUUCAGACUUACAUCUUCCUUUUACUACCUUAAGAAUACUAGUGAAUAAACAUUAACUCAAAGAGCAAGUGAUAGAAACUACAAUGAUGUUUAAUGCAAAUUGUAGGAAUUUACAUGUUUACAAAUCAUCUUAAACUGGUUGUGCAGCAAUUCAAUAAAAUAUCUUUGUAUUAUAGAAAUGUGAAGAAAAUUGUAAACUGAUGUAAAGGAGGUACUGUCGUUUUAAUUAAUCUUGUUUAAUAGCUUUUCCUUCUGGACUUUGCAAAGCCUUCUUGGUAAACACAUUGCAAAGCAUUCUCUGGGAGGCUUAGCCUUCUUGUGUGUACUGUACUGUGCAGACAUGAAAAAUAAACCCGUUUACUGUGUAUGUGUAAAUAGCCUGGUCACCAGGCCAUUUUCAGCCAAUAGUCACAUCCAGUGCAACUCUGCACAGAAGACUUAGGGUGUGGUUUGUAAGUAUGAUCUGUAAAAUAACUGGGAUGAAUUCCCAUGUAUACCUGUGUAAAUAGAUUUAUUAACUAAAAUGUACUUUAAGAUAAAUCUGUAAAUAAAAACUGAUUUAUAAAUUAA